AUGGAUAGUGGCCUAUAUCGUUUUGCAACUUUUAAUUGUAAAAAUGUAAAGCGCUCCUGUGAUGACGUCAGGAAUCUGUGUCGUUCGUGCGACGUGGUAUGUCUUCAAGAGACCUGGUUGAUGCCGCACGAUGUACCCUAUAUCGGCACAAUCGAUAGCGGCUUUGGGUACACGGCAACGUCGGCGGUGGAUACCUCUGCUGGUAUACUUCGUGGCCGUCCUCACGGUGGUACGGCGUUGUUAUGGAGACAAAGUUUAUUUCGGCAGGUGACCGUGAUACAGUGUAAUAAUCCUCGUAUUUGUGCCAUUAAAAUUAUUACUGGUGAUAGACCUGUCAUAGUGAUGAGUGUGUAUUUACCAACAAACACUAGUGAUAACUUACAGGAUUUUACGGACUGUUUAAGCGCGGUAAGCGCUAUUGUGGACGAGUAUGGUGUUGAAUCUGUGUUUGUGUUGGGCGACUUCAACGCCAACCCAGGUGAGUUGUUUUACAGUGAGCUUGUUAGUAUCUGUGAAGACCAAUCCUGGUUUUGUAUAGAUGUAGAUAUGUUGGGGCUUGACUCAGGUACCUAUACAUUUAUUAGUGAUGUGCAUGGGACCAGCAGCUGGCUUGAUCACUGCAUUGCAACUCGCGCGGCGAGGCAGGCUGUUGUUGGUGUUAAUGUCGAGUAUGACACUUGGUGGUCUGACCAUUUCCCUGUUAUAAUUAAGAUUCAUCUACAUUUAAUAAACCCGAAAACAUCAACUAAAGUCAGUAGUGUAAAUAAAGAUGUUGUAUGGGGUGUGAAAACAGAUGAGCAAAUAUGUUUAUAUACUAGGGAGUGCACUAAUAGACUGAAAUGUAUCGACUUUCCAUCUGAGUGUUCUAACUGUGCGGACCAAUUGUGUGGAGACCGUGGCCACAGGCAUGUCCUGGAUAAGCUUUAUGCUGAUAUAGUUACUGCUCUUCGUGAUGCUGCCGCUUUGGCGGGCCGGGGGGGUGCUCGUAAUUGUGGGGGUGGCUCCCGCUUGGCGGGCUGGAGCGCGUGCGUCGGCGAGGCUCACGGGGAGGCUAGAGCUAAAUUUAAUAUGUGGAUAAUGUGUGGUAGACCAAAAUCGGGUAUUUCAUACAAAGAAAUGCGCGAUAGCAGAAGGGUAUUUAAGUCGCGAUUAAAAUGGUGCCAAAAACACCAGGACCAAAUAAAAAUGGAUGCGCUUGCUGCAAAACAUAGUAAUGGAGAUUUCCGCGGUUUUUGGAAGAGUACAGGCAGAUUUAAUGCGCGAUCUGGACUUCCCGUUAGCGUCGAAGGCGUAAGUGAUUCUGUAGCGAUAGCGAAUCUUUUCAGAGAUCAGUUCACUGUGAAAUCUUUGUUAGACCCGAGGGAUGUGGACAGUGGCGCUGAGCGGAACAACUUAAGGGUUCCGCUUAGCGCUACUCUUUACCGGGCCAAAGAUGUGACUAAGGCUCUAAGAAAUAUGUCGACAGGUAAAUCUCCGGGCCAUGAUGGGCUCAGCGUUGAGCACCUGCGGUAUGCUGGGCCUCACGUUUCUAGGGUUUUGGCCAUGUUCUACUCGCUAUGUGUGAGCCACUCCUAUUUGCCCGCGGAUUUCAUGAAAACAGUGGUAGUGCCUGUAGUGAAAAAUAAAACGGGUGAUCUCUCUGAUAAAAGUAACUACAGGCCUAUUUCUCUUGCCACUAUUAUUGCAAAGGUGUUUGAUGGUUUGCUCAACACGCAAUUAAAUAAAUACAUCAGAAUACAUGACAACCAGUUCGGGUUUCGCCCUGGGCUUUCUACUGAAAGUGCUAUACUGUGCUUAAAGCACACCGUGAAAUACUAUGUCGAGCGUAAAACACCUGUGUAUGCAUGCUUCCUCGAUUUGUCUAGGGCGUUUGAUCUUGUAGGGUAUAACCUUUUAUGGGACAAGCUGAAAAGCAUAGAUUUGCCUCAGCAAUUUGUUAACAUCUUUCAAUAUUGGUAUGAGCACCAGCUCAAUAGUGUUAGGUGGGCGGGAGCAAUGUCGGAUCCAUAUCGACUCGAGUGCGGAGUGAGGCAGGGUGGUUUGACUUCCCCAACCCUCUUCAACCUGUACAUCAACGGGCUGAUAGCAGAGCUUAGUAGUCAACAUGUCGGCUGCCACAUUGAUGGUGUGUGUGUCAACAACCUAAGUUACGCGGACGACAUGGUGCUACUGAGUGCUUCGGUGUGUGGUUUGAGACGGUUAAUACGGACGUGCGAGGAGUAUGCAGGUGGCCACGGUUUAAUAUACAAUGUUAAGAAGAGUCAGUACAUGGUGUUUGAGGCGGUGGGGGCGAGAUGUCCGAGUAGUGUGCCACAGGUUAAGUUAAAUGGUAUCCAUCUUGCUCGUGUUGACAGUUUUAAAUAUCUGGGGCAUAUACUCACCACGGACCUUAGGGAUCAUGCUGACAUGGAAAGGGAGCGUAGGGCAUUGUCUGUUAGAGCAAAUAUGCUCGCCCGUAGGUUUGCGCAAUGUUCGAGGGGGGUAAAAGUUGCGCUUUUUAAAGCGUACUGUACUUCACUGUACUCGUGCAGCUUAUGGGCUGAUUAUAGUCAAACUUGUUACAGUGCACUCCGCGUCCAAUAUAAUAAUGCGUUCAGGGCAGUGUUGGGGCUAUCCCGUCGUUGUAGCGCGUCGGGAAUGUUCAUGGAGGCGCGCACUGACGGCUUUCAUGCGACUAUGCGUAAGCGAGCUGGCGCUCUCGUGCGCAGAGUGCGGGCUAGUUCCAACAAUGUCCUGGCAAUGAUAGCGCAGAGACAUGAUUGUCUCAUAAUUAGGAAUUGCUGCGACAGGCAUAUUUCAGUGCAUAUACCACCGAGAGUGCUUUAG